AUGAAAAAAAUCAAUAACCUGUAUUGGAUGGCAGCAUUAUGCCUGCUAUUUAGCUGUACCAAACAAAAGAUUAAUGUUCAACCAGCUGGUUCCUCCUCUGCACAAAAUUCAAAACUGACACAAUCCUCACCGAUUGGUGAUGUGGUUGGUAAAAUUACCGUCGGCUACCAGGGCUGGUUUGCUUGUAUCGGGGAUGGGUCACCAAUUAAUGCCUGGUGGCAUUGGGCGCCAAAUGCUUCACAGCAACCUUCAAAUAGCAACAAUGGUAUUAAAUCCUGGCCAGAUAUGCGGGAGUAUACCGCUUCUUAUCAAACUGGCUUUUCUAACCUCGGAAACGGUCAGCAGCCCAGGCUAUUUUCAUCUUACAGUGAUCAGACUAUCGAUAUUCAUUUCAAAUGGAUGGAACAAAAUGGUAUCGACGCUGCAGCUUUACAAAGAUUCAAUCCCAAUGGCUGGGAAGGCCCGGUCAGGGAUGCCAUUACCAAUAAAGUAAAAAUCGCAGCCGAAGCGCAUAACCGCAAAUUCUACAUCAUGUACGAUGUAAGUGGCUGGACAGACAUGCAGGCUGAAAUCAAAGCAGACUGGACUUCAAAAAUGUCGGCCUAUACGGCUUCAUCAGCCUAUGCUAAACAAAACGGUAAACCAGUAGUUUGUAUCUGGGGAUUUGGAUUUGACGACAAUAACCACCCCUGGUCUGCCACUGUAUGUUUAGAGGUUAUCAAUUGGUUCAAAGCAAAAGGUUGUUAUGUGA